UCUUCACAUCACAGUCAACCAAUGGGACCAAAUCACUGCGACUCGAACUGGACACAAUCAGCAUCGGAUCGCAGGGAGCAACAGGAGGUGGUGGAGCAGCAGUGCCAGAAGGCGUCGGGGGAGCGGCCAUCAUAGGAGCAGCAACGUCGGCAGCAGCUGCCCAGGGCCCCUCGAGAAUGUCUAGCCGGAAGCUGCCAGGAGGCUCUGGAGGAGCUGAAGAAACCACAGCAGCAGCUGCCCCCCUGGAUGAUAAUGCCAAUGCCAGUGUGGAGAUUCCGGCCAGCAGCGAGGAGCCAGCAAUGGGCGUCGGCGAAGAGAUGUCCAUCAUAAGCAAAACACACACCUCAACUUUGUCAGUGGAGCCCGCUGAGGAGCCAACAGUAACAGCAGAGCUGGAAGGCGAAAAAGAGCUGGAAUCGAAUCCAGUUUCCAAAACGCCUAGGUCCACGCCUACGCCAACCCUUACGCCAGCCGUCACGCCUACCGCCAGUGAUGGAGUGGCGGCCAAGAGCGUGAGGGUUACCCGGCACUCGUCGCCACUGCUUCUGAUCAGUUCGCCCACGACAAGUAGACGUGAGGUCGGCGACGGAGCGUUAGACGCCGAGGAACCAACGGGAUCGGGUGGCCAAAGGAAGAGCUCCGUGGAGCGAUCUUUGGCGCCCGUUAUACGCGGACGAAAGUCCAUCAAGGAUCUGAAAGAAGCCAAAGAAGUCAAGUCCGAGGAGGCGCCUGCCGCAGCAUCAGAGUCACGAGCUGCAAGUGGAGUGACGCCUAGCCAGGUCAAGGAACAGCAUGUCGGGGAUGGCAACGAACUGGAAUCCUUGCCAAUCACAGACAAGAAAGACCACAAAGACACAAAAGACAAGGGAGAUGAGCGGGAAACCGAUCAGGAAGCAGAGAAGGAAAAAUCAGCAGAGACAGAAAUAAUUGCAGAUACAGAAAAAUCUUCGGAGAAGGAAAAGUAUACAGAGAAGGACAAAGCUGCCGAUAAAGAUGGAGGAAAAGAAAAAGAUAUUGAUGCAAAUAAGGAUAUAGAUAAGGAGAAGGAAAAGGUCAAGGAAGCACUUCCUCCAGUGGUGCCAAUAGCACCAGUGACACCCACCUGUAACCGUGUCACACGUAAAUCUCAUGCCCAGGAGCAGGCGAUUAACACGCGGGUCACGCGCAAUCGUCGCCAGUCCUCUACAGUUGGAGCCAAUUCCACAGCGUCUUUGGUAGCUGCAUCCUCCUCAAUAACAGAGCAACCACCUCCAUCUCGCGGUCGACGGAAGAAGCCGGUGGUAGUGGCUCCUCCCUUGGAGCCUGCGGUAAAACGAAAGCGAUCCCAAGAUGUUGAAGCCGACCCAGAUACCAACAACAGCACGAAAUACAGCAAGGUGGAAGUGGUGAAGUCCGAGGAAGCUGAGGCACCAGAGGAGGACUCCACUGCCGUGCCCAUUAAGCAGGAAUCAGUUGAUGGCAACGAGGUCAGUUCUAUUUCUCCUACAGUCACGCCCAUACCCACACCUGCGCCAACGGCAGCUCCGAUCCCGGGCAGUCGACGGGGUCGUGGGCGCCCGCAGAACAGAAACUCCUCUUCACCUGCAACCACAACGCGGGCAACGCGGCUGAGCAAGGCGGGAUCACCGGGUAUCCUGACGCCAGUAGCCCAGGAACCGGCGCCACCGAAACGGCGGCGAGUCGGCUCCAGCACACGGAAGACUGCCUCGGCCAGCUCGCUGGCACCCAGCUCGCAGGGCGGCGCCGGGGAUGAGGACUCUAAGGACAGUAUGGCCUCGUCCAUGGACGACUUGCUGAUGGCCGCAGCAGAUAUCAAGCAGGAGAAGCUGACGCCCGAUUUCGAAGAUAGUUUGAUGCCAGAAAGCCUGCCCUCUACUUCUGGUGCGUCGAGUGCCAAUGGUCAUUCCUGCACCGAACCGCUUACCGUGGACACAGAAAUCAAUGUUAAGCCCGCUGAUUCCAAAGUAAAACCAAAGGAGUCACCGGCGGCAACAGUCGAGGAAUCUCCAACACAAUCCGAAACGCAAUCUACCAAGGUGUCAGCACAUGCGGGGAAGGCUCCAUCUCUUAGUCCAGAGAUGAUAAGUGAAGGCGUCAGUGCGGUCAGUGUUCGAAAGUUUUAUAAGAAGCCUGAGUUCCUGGAAAACAAUCUGGGCAUUGAAAAGGAUCCGGAGCUGGGUGAAAUCGUUCAGACGGUUAGUAACAAUGACACGGAAACAGAUGUGGAGAUGGCUGUUGACGGCGAGGUGAAUCAACCGGCAACUCCCAAGUCGCAGGAUAAAAAGAAAGAGGAGCAGGAUAAGAAAUCAGGGCCAAAGGCGGGAAAGAAGGCUUCUGCUAAAUUAGAACCUAAAGCUGAAGACAUUUCUGAAAUUCUUACUGACGUUCCUGUUGAUAUUUCGACUGAAGCAGUAGAAAUAAUAGAAGAGGCAGAGGAAGACAAUUGUUCAAAUAGCUCAAUCAAACCAGGUGAGCUCAGACUGGACGAGAGCAACGAUGAACCUGAACUGCUUCUUGAAGACGCCCUCAUAGUCAAUGGUGAUGAGACACCAGAUCAACCGGAGGAAAAGGAGGGCCAGGUGGGGUUCUUCCAUACAGGAGAAUACGACGACUUUGAGCACGAGAUUAUGGCGGAGCUGGCGAAGGAAGGGGUGCUAGAUGCCAGCGGCAAUGCAUUAAGUCAGCAAAAGGUCGAAAUUGAGCAUCCCGAGGAUGUAUCCAAAAAUGAGAUAGGAGAAGCCGAUGAAUCGGUUAAACGUAAGCCUCUUAAGGACCCGUCGGUUACGGACGAAAUGGAGGACAUGGAUGUGGAGGAAUCCUAUAUUGACAUUAAGGACCAGACAAAUCAACUGUUAGUUGAACACUUGGCAGAAGAGGCCAUGGAAGCGGACUGCGGUCCCGAGGAUAACAAGGAGAACUUGUCCACGUCUGCUUCCAGCACCGCUGCCGAUGGUCUAGAUAUUCAGUUGGCCAUCAAGGAGGAUGAUGACGAGGAAAAACCGCUUGCAGUUAUCGUUGACGAACAGAAGCCUGGGCUGCUGUUGACCAAUGACAUGAAAGUGGAUGAGAAACCAAAUGGCAAGCAGGAAUCGGUCUGUGAUGAGCACGUUCAGCUGGUGCCAAACCUUCGUCAAGAACAGGAAAUUCACUUACAAAACCUGGGUCUACUCACGCACCAGGCCGCUGAACAGAGGCGCAAGUGCCUGCUUGAGGCACAGGCCCGCCAGGCGCAAAUGCAGCUCCAGCAACAUCACCACCAUCAGCACAAGCGACAAGGAGCGCGCGGAGGAGGUAGUGCCACUCAUGUGGAAUCCAGCGGUACUCUGAAGACAGUCAUCAAGCUGAACAGGAGCAGCAACGGAGGAGUGAGCGGUAGUGGCGGCCUGCCUACUGGUACAGUUAUCCAUGGGGGCUGUGGCUCCUCUUCCGCUUCUUCCACGUCCUCCUCCUCGGUGGGCAGUGCCACACGUAAAUCAAGCGGGACCUUGGGCUCAGGAGCGGGAGCAGGAGCUGGCGUUCGCCGGCAGUCGCUUAAGAUGACAUUCCAGAAGGGUCGGGCUCGUGGUCACGGUGCUGCGGAUCGAUCCGCCGAUCAGUAUGGCGCCCACGCCGAGGACUCCUACUACACCAUUCAAAACGAGAACGAAGGUGCGAAAAAGUUUGUUGUAACUACUGGUAAUCCCGGCCGCAAGACUAAUAACCGUUUCAGCUCAACUAACAACCACCACUCGACAGUAGCCUUGCACGGUAGCAACUCUGCGCUCCAGUACUAUUCGUCCCACUCGGAAAGUCAGGGACAGGCGGACCACGGCUUCUACCAGAUGGUCAAAAAGGAUGAAAAGGAGAAGAUCCUCAUUCCGGAAAAGGCCUCCUCGUUUAAGUUUCACCCAGGGAGAUUGUGCGAAGACCAGUGCUACUACUGCAGCGGAAAGUUUGGACUCUAUGACACCCCCUGCCAUGUUGGACAAAUAAAGUCCGUGGAGCGCCAGCAGAAGAUCCUAGCCAACGAGGAGAAGCUCACUGUGGAUAACUGCUUGUGCGACGCAUGUUUUCGACACGUGGACCGCCGGGCAAAUGUGCCAUCCUACAAGAAGCGUCUUUCCGCUCCAGGUCACUUGGAAAUGGGGUCUGCGGCGGGAUCUACACUACAGAAACAGUUUGCUGGCGACAGCGGCGUCAUUACGGAAGCGGGUGGCGAAGCUGGUUCUACGGCAGCUGUGGCCGUGCAGCAACGAUCCUGUGGCGUGAAGGACUGUGUCGAAGCGGCACGACACACGCUGCGGCGCAAGUGCAUCCGCAAGAGAGUGAAGAAGUAUCAGCUCAGCCUGGAGAUUCCCGCAGGCUCGUCGAACGUAGGGCUGUGUGAGGGACAUUACAACACGGUCAUCCAAUUUUCCGGCUGCGUUCUUUGCAAGCGUAGAUUAGGCAAGAACCAUAUGUACAACAUAACCACGCAGGACACAAUUCGACUGGAAAAGGCGCUGUCUGAGAUGGGCAUCCCAGUUCAGCUUGGCAUGGGCACUGCAGUCUGCAAGCUGUGUCGCUAUUUUGCCAACCUUUUGAUAAAGCCACCGGACAGCACCAAGGCACAAAAGGCGGAAUUCGUGAAGAACUACAGAAAGAGGCUCCUCAAGGUGCAUAAUCUGCAAGAUGGCAGUCAUGAGCUGUCCGAAGCGGAUGAAGAAGAUGCACCUAAUGCAACAGAGGCAGAAAGGCCAACCUCAGACGGACACGAAGAUACCGAGAUGCCCAUGGUAGCGGACUAUGAUGGACCUACCGACUCGAACUCCAGUAGUUCUUCGACUGCAGCCCUGGACACCAGCAAACAAAUGUCCAAGCUGCAGGCCAUUCUGCAGCAAAAUGUGGGUGUGGAUGCGGCAGGAGCUGCGGGAGCAGGAGCUGUUGCAGCAAGUCCCGGAGGAAGCGGAUCUGGGGCAGAUAUCUCUAACGUAUUGCGAGGGAAUCCGAACAUUUCCAUGCGCGAACUUUUCCACGGCGAGGAAGAGCUGGGUGUGCAGUUCAAGGUGCCGUUCGGAUGCAGCAGCAGCCAGCGCACGCCGGAGGGCUGGACACGAGUGCAGACUUUCCUACAAUACGAUGAGCCGACGCGCCGCCUCUGGGAGGAGUUGCAAAAGCCGUACGGAAAUCAGAGCUCAUUUCUGCGCCACUUGAUACUAUUGGAGAAGUACUACCGAAACGGAGAUCUCGUCCUGGCACCGCAUGCCUCCUCCAAUGCCACGGUUUACACAGAGACUGUUCGCCAGCGGCUAAAUUCGUUUGAUCACGGUCACUGCGGUGGAUUUAGCAUGGCAGGCAGUCCUUCUUCUUCGGGUUCCGGCAAACGCAGUGGGGUUCCUCAACCGACGGGUGCCAGUGUGCUGGCCACCGCCCUCACAACACCCUUGACAAGCCAUUCAUCCUCCUCUGCAUCCAUUUCCUCCGAACAGCAAGCGUCGGUUGAUCCCGUCAUUCCGCUGGUAGAGCUCAAUGAUGACGAUGAAGGCGAAGAUGGGGCAGGAGGAGCGGGCGAAAGGGAGUCGACAAAUAGGCAGGAGGACACAAUCUUGGAAAGCCUUAGCACAGCCUCGGUGGACAAGCUGACUAAGCAGCUCAGCUCGAAUGCGGUGACGAUUAUCGCCCGGCCCAAAGACAAAUCCCAGCUCUCUUGCAACAGCGGAUCCUCCACGUCCAUUUCCAGCUCCUCGUCCGCUAUUUCCUCGCCGGAGGAAGUGGCCGUCACUAAGGUUACAGCAGUCGCACCAGUCCAGUCCAAGGAUGCACCGCCACUGGCGCCAGCAAGUAGCGGUGUUAGCAACAGUCGUAGUAUCCUUAAAACCAACCUCUUGGGCAUGAACAAGGCCGUGGAACUCGUGCCGUUAACGACUGCCCCCCACGUAAACAUCGCCACUGCUGCAUCUAAACAGUUCUUUACAACCUUCGAAUCACAGGCUUUCAAGCCAACUGGAUGCCAUAAGCCUGAGAAACAGCAAAAGAUUUCUGACCCUGCCAAUAAGCAGCUCGGUAGCCAGGGCGAACCGGUACCACCAAGCGCCUUGCUUGGCCUGCAGUCCAAGCUAAAGCCUCCAAUGCAACAGCAGCAGGUCGUCGGAUCAGGAGCGGGAACUAGUGGUCCUCAGAAGCCAUCUAAUGUGGCGCAACUGCUCAGCUCUCCACCAGAGCUAAUCAGCUUGCAUCGACGGCAGACUAGCGGAGCAGCAGCGGGGGCCAGCAGCUUUCUUCAGGGCAAGAGGCUUCAACUUCCACGAUCUGGAGCAGGGCCUUCAGGAGCGGGAACGGGAACAGGCGCUGGAGCAGCAGGAAGCCGCAGUGCGGGUGGACCACCACCGCCCAAUGUGGUCAUACUGCCGGACGCCUUAACCGCCCAGGAGCGACACGAGAGCAAGAGCUGGAAGCCAACGCUGAUACCGCUGGAGGAUCAGCACAAGGUGCCGAACAAGUCACACGCUCUUUAUCAAACCGCCGACGGUCGAAGGUUGCCCGCUCUGGUGCAAGUGCAGUCAGGUGGCAAGCCAUACCUCAUCUCUAUCUUCGACUACAACCGCAUGUGCAUCUUGCGAAGGGAAAAGCUGAUGCGGGACCAGUUGCUCAAGAGUAACGCCAAGCCAAAGCCGCAGAACCAGCAACAGCAGCAGGGCCAAACGCACCAGCAGCAGCAGAACUCCGCCGCAUCGGCGGCUGCCUUCUCCAACAUGGUGAAGUUGGCCCAGCAACACACGGCGCGACAGCAGCUUCAGCAGCUGCAACAGAAGCCACAGCAGCAGCAACAAUUGCCCACUUUGCAGCCAGGUGGAGUGCGACUGGCCCGGAUGACGCAAAAACUACUGAUGCCACCACUUACUAAUCCGCAGAUUGGCAGUCAGGCACCCAACUUGCAGCCGUUGCUGUCCAGUACGCUGGAUAACAGCAACAGCUGCUGGCUGUGGAAAAACUUUCCUGAUCCCAACCAGUAUCUGCUGAAUGGAAACGGAGGGGGUGCCGGGGGCUCCUCCAGCAAGUUGCCACAUCUCACGGCCAAACCAGCCACGGCAACCAGUAGCUCCGGAGCGGCCAACAAAUCAGCAGGAAGCCUAUUUACCCUCAAACAGCAGCAGCACCAGCAGAAACUCAUCGACAACGCUAUCAUGUCAAAGAUACCCAAAAGUUUGACAGUAAUACCGCAGCAGAUGGGUGGAAAUACCGGUGGCGAUAUGGGGGGCAGCAGCUCCCCGGCAAGGACUGAUGACGGCGAAGGAGGGCGCCAUGGUCAUUAGCCGUAGCGCCGGUGGUAACCCGGCGAAGUAGUAGGAUCAACAAGCAGGCGACGAGCAGCUUCAGCGGCGAUCUUCAGAACAAGAGGUGACCAGCGGCGGCUCCAUGGAUAUCACAAACUCCACAAUUCCAUGGCUGCAGUAGAAUAAGUGAUAAACUAAAAAAAACAUUGGACGGACAGACAAGAAACAGAUGAGAAACCAAGAUAAUUCUUAGAUUACAUAACGUUGUUUGUGUAUAAACGAGAUAUGGUUACGAAUACGAUUACAAUAUAAGUACGCACUAGUUAGGCACUCUAGCCGAUACGACAGAUGCAUGAUGGAGCAGAUGAAGUUCCCGAUGCGAAUGCGAUUUAGGAUACGGAUAUGGAUAGUUAGGGAUACCAAUGCACCUUACUCUAAACUAUGCUACUCUAUAAUUUUAGUCUUAAAGUAUAUUUUUUUAAUUAGAUUUACGGGCAUAUAAACUUGCGAUUCGUGUAUUAUAGAUACCAAAAUUGCUACAGAUAAACGGUUUAUAGAUUUAUAAGCGAAUUCGAUACACACACACACACAUCAACUGCUACACCAAAACACACACACACAAAGUAAUUUAAGAGAGAAUGCAGCACAAAAAGAAUUUUGGCCAAGAUUAUAAUCCAACCUUAGGCUGCUGCUGAACUGAAAGGGAAGACAGGAUCCCGCAGCCCCAGUUUUGCAUGAGUCCUAAUCAUGCCAGGAGCUUUUCCACCACACACACACUAUGCCACGUAGCACAUAACAAUCCAAUCCUGCGUAUUGAACGUUUCUUUUGAUGCAGAUCCCUAAUUUAUAAACAUUUUGUAUUUCCAUUUAUACAGCCAAUUCACAAGUUACUCCAAGCCCAGCCUCAGUUACUGACAGAUCAAGAUAAUUAUACGGACCUAAAGUUAAUUCCAAAACUGUAAAUAUUUUAUGGAAUGGACAGAUAAAUACAAGAACUAUAAAAUACAAACUAAAACGCUAAUUCAACCCUGCAAAUCUUAAUUAAAAGCUUAAGAAGAAACGCGAUUGUGAGCCACAAGCAAUCAAAUUGAUCGAUGUUCUCGGUGCCUCUGGUGGCCUAAGUUCCAUUCCAAGGAAUUCUAAAAUCGUAGCUGCCUAAAGCAAAGCAAGAUCGUUGGUAGUGAAGUGAAAUUAAUUUGCUUAUUUUUAAUGACAAAUUGGAAAGCUUUCUCGACAUAUAUACCAAUAAAACAUAUACUUAACACCCAGCAUAGACAAAUGCAUAUAUAUAUAUAUAUAUAUAUAUCUAUCUACAAAUAUGGAUUUAUAUACACACGAUAUACUAUUUAGAUAUUUUAGAGAGACGACGAGAGAUACAAAUGUAAAUUAGUUUGUUAAGCAUAGAUAUAUUUAUACACAUAUGAGAAUUCAAUUGUUGUUGUUAAACAUUGAAAAUGUAUUUAAAAAUCAGGAGUUGAUUGAUAUCAUGCAAACCAAACAAGAAACGUGAACGGAAACAAACUUUGGCAAGCCGAAGUUUAUAUACCCUUGCAGAAAUUUGGAAAUGUGCUUCCGGUCCUUCGGUUGUAAGCAAGUAAAACCCUGAAAAUAUACAUAUACAUAGAUCGAUGGUGAUCUAUUGUUUCAAGAUGAUACCUCUUAGCACUUAAAAGUUACUUCAGCUGUACAGUCUUCCCUGUUGGGCAAAACUCAUAUGAUCUCCCAAUAACACUUAUAAACGACCACUUAUCAUUAAAAGCUGUAGGCUUAAUAUACUUGUCCGAUGUAAACAAAUUGGCUUCAAAUUCAUUGCUUUGAAUAUGGCAGCCUCAUACAUUCACACAUUACGUAAGAAUAGCAAAUCAGUGGAAUGAUUAUUUAUUGGUUUCAUAAAGCCUCUGCAGGGGUAUAACAAAUGGAAUGCUUAAGUCCUACGUCGUUGCACUGGUGCGGAUGCGAAUCGGAGCUGAAAGAGGAAGGGAGCAGUUCGCAGGACUAGCUUCUGAUGACCAUGAUGAACUUAGAUUGCCUUGAUCGAACCUGGUUUUGUAAAGCGGCAUGGAAAUCGUGUGCCUGUGGGUGAAUGUAGUGUGUUUGUGCUGUGUUUAUGUAGUACUUUGUAGCUGAUAGAUCAUUCGAUCCAAACACAUCUUAAAAUUACAACUUAUUUAUGCAAUUAUUUUUAAAGGAUUACCAAGAAUCAAAAUUUCAACGAAUCAUAAAUAAAAAAAAACCCAUGUCCAGCUCAGAA